CCAGCAUCAGCAAUUUUCUCCAGAAUACGAAAAUUGGGCUUGCUCACUUGCUGGUCUGCUUUCACAUCAGCACGACUUGUGACCGACCACCAUUACCAUCAGCAUCUCGACACCACAGCUCGCACCCCCUCUCAAGCUCUCCGUGUCAAACUCCCCCCUCCCCCACCAUGGCCCCAACACACGACGAAGAUGCUCCCCAGAGCAGCUCCUGGACAGAUUGCUUCAAGUCCCGCACCAAGAAGCAGUGGGGGCAAAUUGGCGGCGCCUACUUCAUCCUGUACACCUUCUUUGCCUGCUGGAUGGCAAUGCACAUGGCCAUCUACGUCAGCACCACCCCAGAGACUUGCACCUUCACCAACGGUGGCAACGUCUGCAUCGGCGAGCCACGCUUCUCUCGCUUCCGCCGCUCCAACAUUCGCGGUGUCGACGAAAGCCCCAAGUUUGAAUGCGCAGAGGGAACGUGCACUGCCGCCAUGGAGCUGCGCAUGAACCGCGACUUCCGCUUCCACCAACUCGAUGGCGAUAUCCAGGUCGACUGCAUGCUCGAGUCGACUGAGCUCAACGUCUCCACCAUUUCCUACGCCUUCUCGAAUUGCCAGAUCCCCGCUGAUGACAUUGAGAAAGUUGUGACCUCCGCCACGCCAGCCGGUGCUCUUGACAUGCGCAGCUGCAACGCCAGCCAGUCCGUGAGCAUGCUCUUUGAGCAAGGCGCCAUGCUCCCCUUUGCCUACGCCUUCCAGCUUGAGGUUGACGAGGUGACAGUCAAGCAGGUACCCUUUGAGCUCAACGUGCACUGUACCGUCACCACCAACGAGCACUCUGCCAAGAUCGAUAAGGAUGACAUGACCUUUGAGCUUCAGACACCCUUCUGAGCAGCACGAGGGUUGAUGAAGAACCUCGCCUCGCUACUCGUGGCUCACAGCGACACAUUUGUGUGACUGUCAUGGUUCCGAACCAACUCCAACCCCCAUGCACACACCUUCCUUCUUCUCAACUCUUCUCAGUUUUGGUUUCUGGCCCCCUACCCUUUCCCACCUUCCAGCGACUAUCAAUCACAAACGCACACCCCAGCUACCACACGCGCUUGCUCACUCGCACCUAGUCCAACGAGAAGCAACACCACCAAUACCAUAUUAAACC